UGUUGCGAGUGCCGUGUGCCAUGGCAUCCCAAAGUGACGAAUCAAAUGCUUCUCGAGACACAGUUGCUCAGAUUGAGCGCUCGAAACUUGAAAACACAUUGGAGCCGCUUUUCGAGGACUCGCGAAUGUGUGACGACGAGGUAGCUGCUCUUGUUGUGGACAAUGGUUCCGGUAUGUGCGAAGCCGGCUUUGCUGGAGAUGAUGCUCCACGAGAUGUGUUCCCGUCUAUUGUUGGGCGUCCUCGUCAUCAGAGUGUGAUGGUUGGAAUGGGACAAAAGGAUUCAUACGUCGGUGACGAAGCUCAAUCAAAUGGA